AUGCCCUUGCCGAACCUGGUCAAUGGCAGCGCCUACCGUGCGUUACUUGGCGCAUUUGUGGCUUGGAAGCUCUUCCUCUUUGCCGUUGUAUUCGGCAGCAGUCUCGUAGGCGACCCAUAUGAUACCUCAGCCGGGUUAUUCAUCCAUGGUGGUGAUGGUGAGAAAGCCGGCUUAGUCGCCCGGUUGGCAAGUUGGGAUGCCAUCUACUUUGUCAGCAUCGCCCACAGGGGAUACCGCUUUGAGCAGGACUGGGCGUUUGGUGCCGGUCUUCCUCUUGCCAUCAGGGCCUUACUCAAAGGCCUCGGGCUUCUCGGAAUACCGUUCGCUGCCGGGGCGGGAGGAAGCGUUCGCGUUCCAGAAGCCCUUGCCGGCAUACUCAUUGCCAACACGGCUCAUCUGCUGUCGACCCUCGUGCUUUACCACCUUGGUCGACUAGUCUGGCGUGACCGCACUCUCUCUUUGGUGGCCGCCAUCCUGCACAUCUUGUCUCCUGCCGGGCUCUUCCUGUCCGCCCCGUAUGCUGAGAGCUCCUUUGCGCUGCUGUCGUUCUCCGGGCACUUGUUCUUUGCCUUGAGCUGCAAGGACGAGCGCCGCCAGACAUGGCGCGACAUCUACACUGUCCUGGCCGGGAUGCUCUUUGGACUGGCCACAGUCUUCCGUAGUAACGGCAUCUUGAACGGAAUCCCGUUUGCUUGGGAAGCGUUUCGCCACCUACCGAGACUUCACCUACGUCCUUGGGAUACGGUGCGUCGUCUGGCAGCGCUUGGUCUCGGUGGAGUCUGCGUGGCUGCUGGAUCUGUCGUGCCCCAAGCAAUAGCACUUCUUCGCUUCUGCUCCGGCGUAUCCGGUGCCCAGCUGAGGCCAUGGUGCCUCGGAUACCUGCCAAGCAUCUACACUUUCGUGCAGCAACACUAUUGGAAUACCGGAUUUCUUCGCUACUGGACCCCAUCGAACCUGCCAUUAUUCUUGCUUGCCGCUCCCAUGCUGUUCGUUCUCAUCAGGUCCGGUGUGGAGCAUUUGACUACGGUACAGCGACGACCUCAUGCCAUACAGCCGGCCGAGUCGGCUCGAUUCUUGUCCCUGGUCCGAUCUGCCGCGGCCGCACAGCUAUUGCUGGCUGUGCUCGCGGCGACCACGUACCACGUUCAGAUCAUUACCCGGAUUUCGUCCGGAUAUCCAUUGUGGUACUGGUGGAUUGCCGAAGGCCUCAUUCGCCAAGACAGAUCAAAAAGCCGCUUUGUCAUAUUCAUGGUGGUUUAUGCUUCGAUUCAAGGGGCCCUCUUCGCUUCUUUUCUACCACCCGCCUAG